UUUCAACCCAAGAUCACCCAAGUAAGGAAUGCUCUAUCAUCAUGAAAACCGUUGCCAGUCGUUGAAGGAAUGAAAAAGGAUAUGUUGAGCCAAGUCGAUGUGGACUUUUUUGACACCGAAAUAUUCAUCUAUUCACAAGUCUUGAGUGAGUGUGCGAGGAUUUUAAAAAAUGCUGGGUACAAUGACAUGUUGGCUGCAAGAAUGAUUUACCAAUCAACGGAACCACGCAAGGUGAUAGCGUUUGAAGAUCUGAAGGAGCUUGGAUAUUUCAUGUUUCCAAGAGUAAUUCCCAAUGAGGAUGAUACUAAAUUAAUUUUCUCCAAACUGGGACAAUACCAUGCGGCUACAUUCAAGUUAGCGGCAGAGGGCCACAAAGGCCUCAAGCGCAAAGGAGGAAUUUUCAAUUUAGGUGACAUGGAUAUUUUGGGCUUCUUCCGAGACACAUUCUCCUUUUUCAAGGAACUAGUGGUAACAUUGCCUGGUUUUGAGGAAGCUUCAGAAAAACUCGGUAAAAUUUCGUUUGAUAAAAUUCGUGAAAAAAUGCAAACAAGUUGUCAAUGAAGCCUGGAUCUUACGAACUUCUUAAUCAUGGCGACUAUCAUGUCAAAAACAUGAUGUUUAAGGGCAAAAAUGGAGUAGAUGUUUCAGAAAUCGCCCUGAUUGACUUCCAAAUAUGUCACUGGGGUUCGCCAGCCUUUGAUCUUGUUUAUAUCUUAGCCGGUAUCCAGCCUGGUCUGCGUUCAAACGCUUGCCAGUAUUACUUCGAUACAUUCAUCGAUGUCCUGAAGAAAUCUGGUUGCGACGAGCCGCUACCUACAUUUGAACAACUGCAGAAAGAUUUGAAAUCUUACCGAAGUUUGGAUUUAUUUUUUCUGGCAACAAUAGCAUCAGUUCUUUGUGCAGAUAGAAACAAAAUGAUGAAGGACGAUCUGGAGACUCAAUUUAAGAAUCCAAAUUUGUUGAAAAUAUUUUAUCGCCAACCUGAUUACAUUUCGUUUGUGAAAGAAUUACUCCCAGUUCUGUUACAGGAAGGUGUUCUAGACGAUCUUAUAAAUUUUGAGUAAAGGCUUUACCAGUCACCAUUUAA